AACCAUUCAGCUGCUCUGAGUGUGAUAAACGUUUUGGCUUUAAGGCAGAUUUGAAGAGACACAUGAGAUCUCAUACAGGAGAGAAACCUUUCAGCUGCUCCUUCUGUGUGAAAUGUUUUACACGGAGUGAAUGUUUACUGAAACACAUGAGAAUCCACACAGGAGAGAAACCUUUCAGCUGCUCAGUUUGUGGUAAAGGUUUUGUUGAAAGUGGAUAUCUGAAGACACACAUGAGAAAUCAUACAGGAGAGAAACCAUUCAGCUGCUCAGUCUGUAAGAAAUCGUUUGCAUGGAGAGCACGUUUACGGAAACACAUGAGAAUCCACUCAGGAGAGAAACCAUUCAAUUGCUCAGUUUGUGAAAAAAGAUUUUUUGAAAAGGCACAUCUGAAGAGACAUAUGAUAACUCACACAGGAGAGAAACCCUUUAAUUGUUCAGUUUGUGAUACAAUAUUUUUGACGAAGGCACAUCUGAAGAGUCACAUGAUAACUCACACAGGAGAGAGAAUAUUCAGUUGCAGUGUUUGUAACAAAAGAUUUGCCUGGCGUACACAGAUCAAAAGACAUAAAUGUGUUGGUCAUCAGUCCUCACAGCUUCAUCAAACUCAAACUGAGGAGAACAGAGAGGCAGAGCCUCCAGCCAGCAGCUCAACUGCACAGAUUAAAACAGAAACUGAUGGAGAGGACUGUGGAGGACCAGAACUAGCCAGAAACUCAGAUCCAGAUAGACAUCGAGAACCAGAUGCUGAUGACAAGACUGGAGGUUCUUGUGAACCUGAGACUGAUAACAGUGAUGAUUGGAAGGAGACCAGAGAACCUCAGUCAGGUUUAAACUCUCUGAAUAAUGAAGAAGUUCCUGUCAGUGAUUCCAGAUGUAGUGCUGACGUCCAGCAGCUGUUUGUGGUUAAAGAAGAGGUUCCCCCUGAGCAGCAGGAGUGGAGCUCCAGUCUGGACCAGGAGGACCCAGAGCCCCCACACAUUAAAGAGGAACAGGAGGAACUCUGGACCAGUCAGGAGGGAGAGCAGCUUCAAGGGCUGGAGGAGGCUGAUAUCAUCAAGUUCACAUUCACUCCUGUCACUGUGAAGAGUGAAGAUGAUGAAGAGAAACCUCAGUCCUCACAGCUUCAUCAAAGACAAACUGAACAGAUGGAAACAGAAGCUGAUGGAGAGGACUGUGGAGGACCAGAACCAGCCAGGAACUCAGAUCCAGAUACACAUUUACAACCUGAUAUUCAUGUUAAGACUGAGAAUGAUGACAGUGACGAUUGGAAGGAGACCAGAGAACCUCAGUCAGGUUUAAACUCUCUGAAUAAUAAUGAAGAAGACCCUGCCAGUGAUUUGGGAUGUAUUACUGGUGAGAGACUAUAUCACUGCACUGAGUGUGGGAAAAGAUUUGGCCUCAAGGGAACCCUGAAGGUACACAUGAGAUCUCAUACAGGAGAAAGACCUUUCGGCUGCUCAGUCUGUAAGAAAUCUUUUACACAGAGUGGAAGUUUACAGAAUCACAUGAGAGUCCACACAGGAGAGAAACCUUUCGAUUGCUCAGUUUGUGGUAAAGGUUUCAGUGAAAGUGGAACUCUGAAGAAACACAUGAGAACACAUACAGGAGAGAAACCGUUCAUUUGCUCAUUGUGUGGUAAAAGAUUUAUUCAGAAGGUACAGCUGACACACCACAUGACACAUCACACAGAAGAGAAACCAUUCAGCUGCUCAGUGUGUGGUAAAGCUUUCAGUGAAAGUGGAACUCGGAAUAAACACAUGAGAACACAUACAGGAGAAAAACCUUUCAGCUGCAGUGUUUGUGGCAAAAGUUUUGCCUGGCGUUCACAGGUUAAAAGCCAUAAAUGUGUUAAUCGUCGGUCCUCACAGCUUCAUCAAACUCAAACUGAGGAGAACAGAGAGGCAGAGCCUCCAGCCAGCAGCGAAACUGUACAAAUUAAAACAGAACCUGAUGAUGAGGAAUGUGGAGGACCAGAACCAGCCGGGAACUCAGAUCCAGAUAGAUAUUUACAACCUGAUAUUCAUGUUAAGACUGAGACUGAUGACAGUGAUGAAUGGAAGGAGACCAGAGAUCCUCAGUCUGGUUUAAACUCUUUGAAAAAUGAAGUCCCUAUCUUUGAUUUGAGAUUUAUUACUAUUGAGAAACCAUUUAGUUGCUCUGACUGUGGGAAAAGAUUUGGCACCAAGGGAACUCUGAAGGUACACAUGAGAUCUCAUACCGGAGAGAAACCUUUCAGCUGCUCAUUCUGUAAGAAAUCUUUUGCACAGAGUGGAAGUUUACAGAAUCAUAUGAGAAUCCACACAGGGGAGAAACCUUUCAAUUGCUCAGUUUGUGGAAAAGCUUUCAGUGAAAGUGUAAAUCUGAAGAGACACUUGUUAACACAUAUAGGAGAGAAACCUUUCAGUUGCUCAUUGUGUGGUAAAAGAUUUAUACAGAAGAUACAGUUGACACACCACAUGAUGCAUCACACAGAAGAGAAACCGUUCAGCUGCUCAGUGUGUGGUAAAGCUUUCAGGGAAAGUGGAACUUUGAAGAAACACAUGAGAACACAUACAGGAGAAAAACCUUUUAGUUGCAGUGUUUGUAACAAAAGUUUUGCCUGGCGUUCACAGGUCAAAAGCCAUAAAUGUGUUGAUGAUCAGCCCUCACAGCUUCAUCAAACUGAUGAGAACAGAGAGGCAGAGCCUCCAGCCAGCAGCUCUACUGUACAGAUUAAAAUAGAAGCUGAUGAAGAGGACUGUGGAGGACCAGAACCAGCCAGGAACUCUGAUCCACAUACACAUUUACAACCUGAUACUGUUGACAAGACUGGAGACUGUUCUGAAUCGGAGACUGCAGUCAUUGAUGAUUGGAUGGAGCCCAAAGAACCUCAGUCAGGUUUAAACUCUCUGAAUAAUUCUAGUUUUGCGUGGGUAUCCUACACCAAAGAUGUUGGAUUUUGAACUAUUGGAUCGGUCUAAGUAUCAAGGCUGAAUCCCGGCCUUUGAUUCCUAAGGACUACAUCCUCUCAUAAUGAGUGAAAUCACGCCGUCAAAGGCUGUGAAAUGUGAUGAGUAGUUAAUCACCACUGCACAGGUACGUGAACUCCUUGAACAACAGAAGUGCUUUUACAAGGACUUACUCUAACAACAGGAGAGUAGAUGAUCAUGGACUCCUUCAACAAAAGACUAGAUGGGGUCUUAAAGGAGCUAUAUACCUCAAAUCAAGUCUACAAUUCACCCAGAAGGAUUUGGAUGAGUUGAAAUCAGUUUCCGACAACUUGUCAGUUCAAUGUGAAGAGCUGAGCAAUCACAUCAACACAGCUCAAGUCUUAACAACACGAACGGUGGAGCCGAGAGUCCGUCUGUGGUCUGACGCUGAAGAAAGAUCAGACAAGUCCUUUCUGACCACCGUCCCUCUAAAACACCUACUAGGGACGUGAUUCCCCGACAGUUUAGUUUGAGUUGCUGGGACUCACCACUCAAAAUGGCGACAGAGCCAUUGACUCAGUUUCCCAGGAUCCUUCAGUUUUCACUCAGAGGUAUGAAAACCUGCCUUUCGUAUACAGUAUAGGGAAUCUUCCUUUGCCUUCUCUCCUCUCUUCUCAGCUCUCGGGUAUUGCCCGCUAACAAAGCAGACCUGGCCUACACAGAACUCUUUGUCUAAGGAAGAGGAGGCCAGAGAGAUUCCUGGGUAGCUCAGUAAGGACUGGAGCGUCCGGUUUUCCAAUAAUCUGCACAAUUGGAACACAACACAGCAAGGACUGCAUCAUUUCCUCCAUCACUGACGGAACCACCGGCUGGCUAACAAAGGAACCCCUUUCUUCUUCAUGGACUUGGUGAUGCAGCUGGGCCUAGCCUAGUGUAGCAUUAGCACAGUAAUGGGCACAUGGCUAACAAAGACUGUUUAACUUCUGUCAGUGUGCAUGUACUGAUUCGAUUGAAUACUGUUCACUGAGUUUUAUUUUGUGAUAUUAAUGUAGUCAGGACGUUUGGGUUGCUUGCUUCUUAUGGGCGUAAAAACUAUAGUACGUACUUUAUAAGUGCAACUACAGAAUGUCCUAAAAGUGAAAAGAAAAAGUAUGCGAUUUGGAACGCAUGUCCCGGCAGCCAUCUUUGAUUCGGCCAUCAUUGUAGUUUUACAUUGUCCGCCAUAUUGUUUUGUAGGCCAUGUGGCCUCUGUCGUCAUUUUGAACCUAGAACUCCAUUUUUUUUCUCACACACACACACACACUUUGGAUCAUUUAGUUUAGUAGAUUAAUAUUAUGUUUUAAUCAUUAUCUUUUUAAUAAAUACUUAAUAAACAUGCUGCAUUGUUUAAUGUUGUCUGAGAGUGAACGCUACCAACCUGCUACGACAAGAACUAUGAAAUCUUUAAACUUAUUAACUAUUAAUAUGGUCAUUUAUUGGUUUUAGUUAUUAAUUGAAUUAUUAAUCAGAGUUUAAGAGUAUCCUUUGAGAUGGCAUUAAUUGGCUAUCACUUUCCCUUUGUUAAGAAGUGUGGUGCCCCGAGGUGAUUUAAUGUAAAGUUAUUGUAUGUAUAUUAAUGUAAAGUCAAAAGAUUUUCGAAACAAUUUAUAUUCUAAUUUAUUUUUAUACCCAAUUUUAGCAAACCUACCAGGUAAAGAAAUGAUUUAAUACUCUUAACUAUAGAGAUAUGUCAGGAGUUUUAUUCAGAUAUAUCAGAUAAUGUUUCAAAUUGUUUCAUCAGAUGGACAUAAGGUAUCAAACAAUAACUCUGUAGUCACUUAGAGAAAUUUCAAUCCAAGUAAUAAAUCAAAAUUUAAAGAAAUGUUGGAGAAAGUGUCUUUUGAAAAGGUGUAUUUGGAGGGAGGGCAAUGCAAACUCAGUUUAUCAAGCGUUUAUGAAACUAUUAAAUUCAAUUUUCUCAAAAUGUUUCCACUGGUUAGUCGCUCUGUUGAUACUGGGAAAAAAUAUAUUAAUCUUUGGU